UUUUUAAAAGAAAUACUACAAAGUAAUUAGAGACUCCUGUAACAUUGGAAUUUCUUUAACAAUAUUUUUUACACAUUUAAUUUUUGAUAAAUUAUAAAUCUCAAAGACAAAAGAAAAAAAGGUCAAAAUGGCUGCCUUGACUGAAAAUGUAAUCAACAGAAUCCUUUCAGAAAAGCAAUUUCAUUUUGCAGUGAAACCAGAGCAGUUUAAAAUUAUUGAAUCUAUUGUUAAUAAAAGAGACACAUUUGCUGUAUUACCAACAGGCUUUGGGAAAAGUAUAUGCUAUGUCAUCCCAGCACUCUAUUAUGAUGAAAUCAAUCCCUGUAAAAAGCAUACAAGUCUGGUGAUCUCACCACUGAAAGCAUUGAUCAAAGAUCAGGUUCAAACUCUCAAGGAUCAUAACAUCAAAGCAUGUGGCAUAUAUGAAGGGGUGGAUAAAUCUGUUGUAGAUGAAGUAAAGAAUGGAGAUGCAACAGUUUUACUUGCUUCCCCUGAGGCUAUUAUAUCCAAGCACUGGCUAAGGGUGCUACAAGAUAUCUACAAGGAUAACAUUGCAUUGGUUGCAUAUGAUGAGGCUCACUGCAUAUCAGAAUGGGGUCUUGACUUUAGAGAAGACUACAGGAAGGUUGGGAUUCUACAGAGUGUUCUUGAUUCUCCAGUUCUCACCCUGACUGCCACCUGCAAUACAGCAAUGAAAGCUGACAUUGAAAAAAUUCUUGGAAUGUCCCAAGUUAACACCAUUUCAUUUUUGCCAAACAGAUCAAAUAUCUUCAUUAAUAUUCAAAAGUCCAGUGAAAAAUAUGAAGAUGAGCUACAGUGGUUGCUUACAAGUCUUCGACAGAAGGGUAUAGCAAUGAAUAAAACAUUGCUAUAUGUAAAUUCAAUUGGAAAAUGUGAAGAACUAUACAUUUGGAUGCAUGGUUUAUUAAAAGAAAAGGCAUAUGACGGACAAUUAUCUGUUGACACAAGGAUGGUAGAAAUGUUUCAUGCACACACAGAUACCAAAUCAAAAGACAGAAUUUUGAGUACUUUUUGUUCUGAAGGUGGUACCAUAAGAAUUUUGAUAUGCACUGUAGCUGUAGGUAUGGGAAUCAAUAUUCCAGAUGUAAGCAUUGUUCUUAUAUGGGGCUUACCCCCUUCUCUUUUACAACUUUGGCAAGAGGCAGGUAGGGCUGGAAGAGACGGUAGAUCAAGUAUUUCAGUGUGUUAUGCUUAUCCUCGAAGUAUAGCUUUACCCUGUGAUUCAUGUAGAAAAUCAGGUAAAAGAAAGUGUGAUUGUGCCAGCAGGACAUACUUGAGAGAACUUGUAUCUACUACUGAAUGCCAGAGAUAUCAUAUUCUUCACACAUUUUCCUUAUCAGAUGAAAACAAAAGUGAACUUAAAGAUCUCAUGAAAAUGAAUAAUACUUGUUGUAGCUGUGAAAAUUUAUGCAAUUGUAAACUUUGUAAGUGUUGCAUAACAUGUGUUAUGAAAUGUAAAUGCUCAAACCUAAAGAAGUCAUCCAAUGAAGUAAUACUAUCUUUCAUAAGAUAA